UUUGGUUUCCAAAACUAGCCAAUCAAGAAAAAAUUGAGUUAUUCGCCUAAAAACAAGCCCGACUGAACUAAUACGACCGAAUAAACGAAAUCCAAUAACAUACAUAAAAUAUAAGUUUAAAUAACGUCUAUAAUCUAAUUUGUGUGAUAUUAAAGUGAAGUGAUUUGAAAUAAAAAAUAACAACAUUACAUAAUGCCGUUGCUUCGCCUAACUUCGGGUGGUUUUGGGCAGCUGCGUAAUUUCGCUACGUCAGCGGCCCUGGGGAAAAGAGUGAAGACAUUCGCCGUGUAUCGCUGGAACCCGGACGAGCCUGACAAAAAGCCUUACACUCAGAACUAUGAAGUAGAUCUCGAUGACUGUGCACCCAUGGUUCUUGAUGCUUUACUCAAAAUUAAAAACGAAAUGGACCCGACCUUGACCUUCCGUCGCUCGUGCCGCGAGGGUGUAUGCGGCUCCUGCGCUAUGAACAUCGACGGUGUGAACACACUCGCAUGCAUCAGUCACAUUGAUAAAAAUCUGUCGAAGCCAUCGAAAAUCUAUCCCCUACCUCAUAUGUAUGUUGUGAAAGACUUGGUGCCUGAUUUGAGCAACUUCUAUCGUCAGUAUCAGUCUAUAGAGCCUUGGUUGCAACGUGACAAGGAAGCAGUAAAGGGUAAAGAGACGCAGUUGUUACAGGAUGUUGAAGAUCGUGCUAAACUGGAUGGGUUGUAUGAAUGCGUGCUUUGUGCUUGUUGUUCAACAAGCUGUCCAUCUUACUGGUGGAAUGGUGACAAGUAUCUAGGCCCAGCUGUCCUCAUGCAGGCUUAUAGAUGGAUCAUUGAUUCUCGAGAUGAUGCUACCGAGAAACGUCUGUCGAAGCUAAAAGAUACGUACUCCGUAUACCGUUGUCAUACUAUCAUGAACUGCACAAGGACAUGUCCGAAAGGUUUGAACCCUGGUCGUGCGAUUGCCCAGAUCAAGACAUUGUUAUCUGGAAUUGUUAAGAAACAACCUCCGAUCAUGGAUCCCUCAGGAUUAGAGAAACAAACAGCACAGAACUAGGAAAAUCUGAUCUAUUAAUGUUUCAUUAAACUAUCUUAAGUGUUAUUUAACUUGACUUGUACUUAUGGUACAAUAGAAAAUAUAGAAUUAAGAAUAUAUGACCGAUAUACAAAAGUUAAGCAUAACAUUUUUAGAUUUCAAUUUCCUUUGACUAUCAUUGUAAAAUAAAAAAAAAUGUCAAAUUAUAGACAAUAAUAGAACAUAAAUGAACUUCUUUUAUAUAAUUUAUUUUUAAUAAUGACUUGUACACAUUUCAGUUUGACUACUGCAUGUUUAGUUAAUUUUUAAAAACAAAAAAAAUGAAAUUAUGUUCAAAGUAUUAUUUUUUGUCAUUGAAUCACUUAAUUUAUUAUACCAUGUGAUCUAUUUAUUAAUGAACUAUGUAAUUGUAAAAAAAUGU